AUGGAAGUGCUGAAGCUAAAGUCGUUAGGCGACUGCAGCGGCCAGCGUGUUCUAGUGCCUGGCUGCGGACGGGCUUACGACGCGGUAGCGCUGGCCGAGUAUGGCUUCAGUAGUGUGGUUGCUGUGGAUUUGUCAGAAUCUGCGGCUGAUGCCGCCAAGCAGUUCCUCAGCGAAUGCAAGAGUCCGGCCGCCUCCAAGAUUGAGGUAGUUUGUGCAGACUUCUUCAAGCUUGACCUUGAACCCAAGGCGGAUGUGAUUUGGGAUUGCACCUUUCUUUGCGCCCUUGACCCAUCAGUUCGGGUGGCCUGGGCCCAGAAGACACAUUCUUUGCUGAAACCCGGUGGCACCUUGCUGACCUGCAUCUUCCCCAUUUGUGACAAGGAGGGUGGACCGCCCUUUGCAAUGUCGGUCCCGUUGGUGCGUUCUUUGCUAGAGCCUGAAGGAUUUCAGGCAGUCGAGGUCCGCGAGGACGCAGCGGAUCACGGUGCUGGCGGUGGGGCUUUUGUGGCCAAAACUGCAUUUGGGAGGUGGACUUUGAAGGCAGGCGCUGGUGACGGCGGCCUCCGGACUCUCAUCAUCUUUCAUCCGUUUAAAGAAGAAUUCCUGGGAAUGAGAUCGAAGUUCGAAGUCGUGGAAGAUACUUUUCAAAGCUCACCUGAUUGA